CGGACACAGGCGAUUGUACACGUCGCCUCUCACUCAGAAGAGACAGUUUGGCACUGUUCAUAACGACACGCUGAAACACUAACGCUCUCUUCGCCUGUGUAUGAAGAACAGUGCAAGACGUACAGCAGAUAAGGUCUCUUUGCUUAAGUUUCAUUCCGGGGAAGUAACCUGAUUCCCUGAAGAUGGUGAAGACGACGAAAGAAGAAGAGGUGGAGCUGUUGAGCCCGGCGUCGUCUGACGACUUCACGGUGGAAGGAGAUCUGGGGAAGAAGGAGCCGCCUUCACCAGAAGCUAGUGAAGAAGUUGCCGAAGACGACGAUGAAGAAGAAGACGGCUUGGAGAGCGUGACCUUGCUGAAUGUGCAGCGCACGUCAGAGGUCGACUACCAGAAGCGACAGGACGUCUGCGCAUGCCUGAAGACUCGCUCAUGCGCAGUGAUGCUGGGUGUGCUGAUCCUAUUGUCCAUAUUAGGAGUGCAGUUCCGGCUGUACUUCCUGUUCUAUGAGAACCUGUCCGGUGAGAAGGCGCGGCCGCACGUCGCGCUGCAGACGGCAUGUCAGAAGAUGGUAGGGGUCGAGGAGGACGGGCUGUUCGUCUUUAAAGGUAUACCAUAUGGCGAACCUCCUGUCGGACCCCUGAGAUGGCAGCCAACCGUAACGAAACAAAAGUCCAACGAAACGUGUCGGAAUGAGACCGUGUACGCGGACACCUUCCAAGUCUCCUGUCCUACCAUCCAGGAUGGGAAUAUCGUUGGCGACGAGGACUGCCUGUACCUGAACGUCUGGACGCCAGAAUUCCACCCCGAACAUCCGCUUCCGGUCAUCGUUUGGAUCCUGGAGCGCCCCUCGCUGCCUCAGCUGCUGCAGUACCAACUGGAUACGGUGGAUGGCAAUCAUCACAAGGCGUUUUUCAAGGCAGCCCGGCCACAACGAAAGGUGACGUCACACAGUCUGGUGACGUCCAACGCCACCGCUGUUCACGUGACCUUCUCCUACCGACAGAACGUGUUCGGCUUUUUGGCGCUCGGCAUUCUGUCGGACGAAUUUGCGGAACAAUACUCAUGUAACUACGGCCUGCAUGACCAGCUCGCGGCGCUACGGUGGGUUCAGGACAACAUCGCGGACUUCGGAGGAGACCCAGGCCGCGUCACGCUGGUGGGGGAGGGUCAAGCCGCCUCCCACGCGCUGUGCCUGCUGACGUCCCCCAUGUCCGGCGGGCUGUUCCAGGCGGUCUGGCUGGCUGACGUCGAGCACAGGCGCUACAGACCCCUCCUCAACUCCUCCGCGGAGAACAUCGGCGUGCUGAACUCCACGGGCUGCCGGAACGCCUCGUGUCUCAGACAGCUCACGGCAAGGCAGCUGCUGCAGGCGGUUCCACGCCGAGACCACUCCUUCUGGUUCCCCUCUAAGGAGCAGAAGUGUUCCCUGUCAAAGUGGAAAACCGCGCAGCAGGUCAUACACAACGAUCUCCUCCCAGAAUCCCCCUGGUGGACGUUGCUAGGAGACGAGAACGCCACCGACCGGAACAUCUCUUUCGCGCUGGGCAUGACGGGAGGAUGUGACGUGACGAUGAACAUGGACAUGAACGACACGAUGUUGAUCAACCUAUUACGAAGUGUCGUCGGCGAUCACGAAGCCGAGGCCGUCAGCCUUUACCGUCGCCAUGACGACGCGAACACCAGCACUCCCGCUAAUGACGUCUGCGUUUCCAUGGCAACGGACCUCCGCUACGCCUGCCCGUUCGUCGACCUGUCGGAGUACCUGGACAUCAGUACAGGGGGUCCCAUCUCCAACAGAUACAUCUCCUCUUCCAAUCAGUGCCAAGGGGACAGCAUUUGGACCAGUUUCUUUGAGGAAGAGCCGCCUAAUCCAAAGUCGUUGACCCUGUAUCAGCUGCUCAGUGCGUUUGCGCGAACCGGCGCGUUUCCCGAAGGACUUCUGGCCAGUGACAACCAGACGGAGCGUAGCAAAGACUCAGUCGUAUCCCCGAAGAUGGACUACAGAGAUGAGGAAUGUACCUUUUGGAGAGAGAAUCUGCUAUAG